AUGGCGGACCAGGAGGCCGAGAGCAUGAUGGCUCUCGAGGUGAAGGAUGGAGAGCACAUCAUUCGUUUCUGCGAAGGGCGAAGCUUCGGUGCAAACCGCAGUGUCGCCGGAGAGUUGGUCUUCCAAACGGGCAUGGUUGGCUACCCAGAGUCGAUCACGGAUCCCUCCUACCGUGGACAGAUACUCGUUGUGACCUUCCCACUGGUCGGCAAUUACGGUGUGCCGCCUCGUGACGAAUACGAUCCCAUACUCAAGGACCUGCCCGCUUACUUCGAGGCUGCCGAGAUACAUGUUGCCGGCUUGAUUGUGGCCUCUUAUGCUGGCGAGACAUACUCACACUACCUGGCCAACUCCUCGUUAGGAACGUGGCUCAAAGAGCAGAACGUUCCAGCAAUAUGCGGUGUAGACACGCGUGCGUUGACGAAGAGGAUCCGGGAGAAGGGCAGCAUGCUGGGUCGGCUUUUGAUGCAGACAGGCACGGAGCAAGUCCCUGACGGCAGUGUUACUGGCGCGUUGACGCCCAAUGGCGUGAUGACACCGGUUCGCACGCCCUUGCCAGUACCGACACCGAAUCUACAUGCUGUGAGCGGCCGCUUAACCGUUAACGGAGCACAUGGACCUAACGGCUACUUUACGCCGAGGAAGACGAAGGAGGUCAGCACUUACGAAGAGAUUGAUUGGUGGGAUCCAAAUACGCGGAAUUUGGUCGCGGACGUCUCAACGUCCAAGCCCAAGAUUUAUUCUCCAAGUGCGUCCGUUGCGUUGAAGCAUCCGUCUGGUAGACCUGUGCGUGUGGUGUGCGUGGACGUAGGCCUGAAGUACAAUCAACUACGCUGCCUGAUCAAUCGAGGCGUGGAGGUUGAGGUUGUGCCCUGGGACUAUGACUUUCCAAAGCUGGCUGGCAAGGAAUAUGACGGUCUAUUCAUCUCCAACGGACCAGGUGAUCCCGCUAUGAUGGCAGACACUGUCAAUCAUAUCAAGGCCGCAAUGGACGAGGCACGGACCCCUAUUUUCGGGAUAUGUCUUGGCCACCAACUUCUCGCCCGCGCCACAGGUGCGGAUACUCUGAAGAUGAAGUUCGGUAAUCGCGGUCAUAACAUCCCAUGCACCAAUUUGCUAUCUGGUAAAUGCUACAUAACCUCGCAAAAUCACGGCUACGCAGUCAAUGCGAACACGCUGCCAGAAGCGUGGAGAGAGCUAUUCGUCAAUGCCAAUGAUAACAGCAACGAAGGCAUCCGCCACGUCAGCCGUCCUUACUUCAGCGUACAGUUCCAUCCCGAAAGUGCGCCUGGACCGCGCGAUACCGAGUUCCUCUUCGACGUUUUCAUCAAGACCAUCAUGAACGCGAUUGACGAUCCGAGGGUGAUGGCGCAGCCCGUCAGCUUCCCUGGCGGCGAUGCAGCAGAGAAUGCUGCCAGGCGGCCAAGAUUGCACCCGAAGAAAGUGCUUGUGCUCGGUAGCGGUGGUCUUAGCAUUGGCCAGGCCGGAGAGUUUGACUACUCCGGCAGUCAAGCUAUCAAGGCCUUGAAGGAAGAAGGCAUCUACACGAUCCUAAUCAACCCGAACAUUGCCACCAUUCAAACCUCGAGGGGUCUUGCAGACAAAGUGUACUUCCUGCCGGUCAAUGCAGACUUCGUACGCAAGGUCAUCAAGCAGGAGCGACCGGAUGCAAUUUAUGUCACUUUCGGCGGCCAGACAGCGCUGUCAGUUGGGAUCCAACUGAAGGACGAGUUCGAAGGGCUCGGGGUGCAGGUGUUGGGAACCCCUAUCGAAACCAUCAUCACGACUGAAGACCGCGAGCUGUUCGCGCGUAGCAUGGAGUCCAUCGGCGCACCGUGUGCGAAGUCAAAGUCCGCUAGCAACGUUGAAGAGGCACUUGAUGCUGUCGAGGACAUCGGAUACCCAGUUAUCAUUCGAGCCGCCUACGCAUUGGGUGGCUUGGGCAGCGGCUUCGCAGAGAACAAGGAGCAGCUGCUCGAGCUUUGCAACAAAGCCUUCGCAGUCAGCCCGCAGAUACUGAUCGAGCGCAGCAUGAAAGGCUGGAAAGAGAUCGAGUACGAAGUUGUCCGGGAUGCACAGGACAACUGCAUCACAGUGUGUAACAUGGAGAACUUUGACCCACUUGGCAUACACACAGGCGACUCUGUAGUCGUGGCUCCGUCGCAAACGCUGUCCGACGAAGACUACCAGAUGCUGCGAUCAACGGCGACGAAGGUGAUUAGGCAUCUAGGCGUAAUAGGCGAAUGCAAUAUACAGUACGCUCUCAACCCGGACAGCAGAGAGUUCUGCAUUAUCGAGGUCAAUGCACGUCUCUCGAGAUCAUCCGCGCUGGCUUCGAAGGCAACGGGAUACCCACUGGCCUUCAUUGCGGCGAAGCUUGGCCUCAACAUUCCACUCAACGAGAUUAAGAACACAGUCACGAAAGUCACGUGCGCCUGCUUCGAGCCGUCUCUGGACUACGUGGUCGUCAAGAUCCCGCGAUGGGAUCUGAAGAAGUUCACGAGAGUCUCGACAUUACUGGGAUCGUCAAUGAAGAGUGUUGGCGAGGUCAUGGCGAUCGGGAGAACGUUUGAAGAAGCUAUUCAGAAAGCUAUCCGCUCGGUCGAUCCGAGCAAUCUCGGCUUCAAUGAAACUACGGCCCUUAUGUCGAUCGACCAGGAGCUUCAGACACCGUCGGACCAGCGGAUGUUUGCUCUUGCCAACGCCAUGCACAGCGGCUACAGCGUUGAGAAGAUUUGGCAGAUGACCAAGAUCGACAAGUGGUUUCUGUACAGGCUGAAAGGCCUGAGCGACUUCGGGAAGCAGCUAAGGGAGCUUACGAAGAACUACCAUGUCGACAACAUGCCGACUAGAACUUUCAGGCGCGCGAAGGAGCUGGGCUUUUCGGAUCGCCAGCUCGCUCUGUUCUGGGAAAGUAACGAACAGCAUGUACGCCGCGCAAGACUGGAGUACGGCAUUAUGCCUGUUGUCAAGCAGAUCGAUACAGUGGCUGCGGAGUUCCCGGCAUAUACGAACUACCUUUACACAACCUACAACGGCGCGGAGCACGACAUAGACUUCGAGGACCAAGGUGUAAUGGUACUUGGAUCGGGUGUAUACCGCAUCGGCUCAUCGGUAGAGUUCGACUGGUGCUCCGUUCGGGCGGUUCGCACGUUGAGAGACGCUGGAAUGAAGACGAUUAUGGUGAACUACAACCCAGAGACAGUGUCCACUGAUUACGACGAAGCCGACCGUCUGUACUUCGAGAACAUUACUCUCGAGACCGUGCUCGACAUCUACCAACUGGAGAGGUCUAGCGGCGUCGUCUUGUCGAUGGGCGGUCAAACGCCCAACAACAUCUCCCUCGCUCUGUACCGCGCCAACGUCAGGGUCUACGGCACUUCCCCUGAAAUGAUCGAUACCGCCGAGAACAGGUAUAAAUUUUCACGCAUGCUUGACCGCCUUGGUGUAGAUCAGCCGCAAUGGAAAGAGCUUACAAGCAUCGAAGAUGCGAAAGCGUUUUGCGACAUGGUCGAGUAUCCGGUGCUUGUCCGACCCUCAUACGUACUGUCUGGCGCAGCGAUGAAUACGGUAUACUCCGAGCCGGACCUAGCCUCCUACCUUGCACGAGCGGUGGAAGUCUCCAAGGACUAUCCGGUCGUGAUCACAAAGUACAUCGAGCAAGCAAAAGAGAUCGAGAUGGAUGCAGUCGCUCGCAACGGCACCAUGAUCGGCCACUUCAUUUCAGAACAUGUUGAAAAUGCUGGUGUUCACUCUGGCGAUGCCACGCUGAUCCUCCCACCCCAGGAUCUUGAUCCGGAAACGGUCCGCAAGAUCGAAGAGGCCACGCGCAAGAUUGGUGACGCGCUCAAUGUUACGGGGCCCUACAACAUUCAGUUCAUUGCGAAAGACAACGAGAUCAAAGUGAUUGAGUGCAACGUGCGCGCAUCAAGGUCCUUCCCAUUUGUUUCGAAAGUUAUGGGCCUCGAUCUGAUCGAGAUGGCAACGAAGGCUAUGAUCGGCAUUCCAGUGCGUGAAUAUCCGCCACUCGACGUUCCACCGGACUACGUGGGUGUGAAAGUGCCACAGUUCUCGUUCUCUCGACUAUCUGGAGCUGAUCCGGUGCUUGGUGUAGAAAUGGCUUCGACUGGCGAAGUUGCUUGCUUCGGCCGUACGAAGUAUGAGGCUUAUUUGAAGGGCUUAAUAUCCACCGGCUUCAAGCUACCGAAGAAGAACGUCCUCCUGUCAAUCGGGCCUAAUAAGGACCGUAAAGAGCUGCUGCCUGCAGUGGAGAAGCUGCACAAGAUGGGCUUUAAGUUGUACGGCACAGGAAACACUUUCGACUUCUACAAGGACAACGGUAUUCCCAUCUCGUUCCUCGAAGCCAUGUCCGACGAGGGCCAAAGGCAGGAAUACUCGCUUACCCACGCCUUGGCGAACAAUCUCAUCGACCUUUACAUCAAUCUGCCCUCCAACAAUCAGUUCAGGCGGCCGGCGAGCUAUGUCAGUAAGGGUUAUCGAACCCGAAGAAUGGCAGUUGACUACCAGACACCCCUCGUCACCAACGUGAAGAUCGCAAAGAUAUUGAUCGAGGCCAUCUCGCGGAACUACGAUCUGAGCAUCACCAAGAAUGACUACAUGACGUUCUCGGAAAUGCCAACUACGCCAGCAAUCCUCCCGCAGGCGGAGCCUAUUCGCACACUACCAGAACUCCUCAGGAUGUCGCCGUUCAAGGGCAAAGACAUAGUGUCCGUCAAGCAGUUCUCGCGAGAGGACUUACACUUGCUCUUCACCGUUGCCGCGGAGAUGAGGCUCGGAGUGCAACGUGACGGAUGUCUUGAUAUCUUGAAGGGUCGUGUGCUCUGCUUGAUGUUUUUCGAGCCGUCGACGCGCACAUCCUCAUCCUUCGACACCGCAAUGAAGCGCCUCGGCGGUGAAACCGUCAUGAUCAACGAGUCGCACUCUAGCACACGCAAGGGCGAAAGCCUCGAAGACACUAUCCGCACCCUGGACAUGUAUGGCGAUGCCAUCGUUCUACGCCAUCCGGACAACGACAGCGCGGAAAUUGCCACGAAGUACGCCGACCACCCCAUCAUUAAUGCUGGCAACGGCACUCGCGAGCAUCCCACCCAGGCCUUCCUAGACCUCUUCACUAUCCGCGAAGAGUUGGGUACGGUCAACGGUCUUACCAUUACGUUCACUGGAGAUCUGAAGUACGGCCGAACAGUACACUCUUUGUGCGAGAUUCUCAAGCACUACAACGUCACCAUUCAACUGGCUGCCCCCGCCUCGCUCGCUCUUCCGAGCAAAGUCAGAGCAAGUUUGCAAGCGCGCGGACAGCUGUCCAUCGAGUCCGAUCGCUUGACGCCAGAGAUGGUGGCCAAGUCUGACGUGCUCUACUGCACUCGGGUGCAGAAGGAGCGCUUCGAAGACCAGGACUUGUACGAGAUGGUCAAGGAUGAGCUGAUCGUCAAUGCGAGGACGCUGCGGGACGCGAAGAAGAAGAUGAUUGUAAUGCAUCCGCUGCCGAGGAACAUGGAGCUGUCAAAGGACGUUGACGACGACCCAAGGGCGGCGUACUUCAGACAAAUGCGAUACGGCAUGUUUGUGAGAAUGGCGCUCCUUGCGCUGGUUAUGGCACCUUGA